AUGGCCAGGAGACCCGGGGCGCCGGCCGGCUAUGGGGAGGAGUUCACCUUCGUCAGCCCGCUGGUGAAAUACCUGCUCUUCUUCUUCAACAUGCUCUUCUGGGUGAUUUCCAUGGUGAUGGUGGCUGUGGGAGUCUACGCUCGGCUGAUGAAGCAUGCAGAAGCAGCCUUGGCCUGCCUGGCAGUGGACCCUGCCAUCCUGCUGAUUGUGGUGGGCGUUCUUAUGUUCCUGCUCACCUUCUGCGGCUGUAUUGGAUCGCUUCGUGAGAACAUCUGCCUCCUACAGACGUUCUCACUCUGCCUCACCAUUGUGUUCCUGCUACAGCUGGCUGCAGGGGUCCUGGGCUUCGUCUUCUCAGACAAGGCACGAGGGAAAGUGAGUGAGAUCAUCAAUAAUGCCAUUGUGCACUACCGAGAUGACUUGGAUCUACAGAACCUCAUUGAUUUUGGCCAGAAGAAGUUCAGCUGCUGUGGAGGGAUUUCCUAUAGGGACUGGUCCCAGAACAUGUACUUCAACUGUUCAGAAGACAAUCCCAGCCGUGAGCGCUGCUCUGUGCCUUACUCCUGUUGCUUGCCUACCCCAAACCAGGCAGUGAUCAACACCAUGUGUGGCCAAGGUAUGCAGGCCCUUGAAUACCUGGAGGCUAGUAAAGUCAUCUAUACCAAUGGCUGUAUUGACAAAUUGGUCAACUGGAUACACAGCAACCUCUUCCUUCUUGGUGGCAUAGCACUGGGCCUGGCCAUUCCCCAGCUGGUAGGAAUCCUGCUGUCCCAGAUCCUUGUGAAUCAGAUCAAAGAUCAGAUCAAGCUACAGUUCUACAACCAGCAGCACCGAGCUGACCCAUGGUACUGAGAAUCCAUCCUGCACCUCCUCACUAUGGCGACAGGCAAGCCUCAUCGACCAAUAGCAAUGGGUAUAGCUCUCAGCACCGAAUGGAGAUUUGGAUUCCAGUUCCCCAGCAACAGCCCAGUGGGGAGAAGCCAACUCCAGCUGGGCGGAAGGCAGGGGGCACAGGUGGCUCAAGUCUAGGA